GCCCCCCGCGCCCGUCACCCCCGAUCCCGGCCGGGCAUGGAGUACUUCGUGGUGCCCGCGCAGAAGGUGCCGCCGCUGCAGCACUUCAGGAAGACCGAGAAGGAGGUCAUCGGCGGGCUGUGCAGCCUGGCCAACAUCCCCCUGACCCCGGAGACGCAGAGGGACCAGGAGCGACGGAUACGCAGGGAGAUCGCCAACAGCAACGAGCGCAGGCGCAUGCAGAGCAUCAAUGCAGGGUUCCAGUCCCUGAAAACUCUCAUCCCGCACACGGACGGCGAGAAGCUCAGCAAGGCAGCGAUCCUCCAGCAGACGGCGGAGUACAUCUUUUCUCUGGAGCAGGAGAAGACGCGGCUGCUGCAGCAGAACGCGCAGCUCAAGCGCUUCAUCCAGGAGUUCAGCGGAUCCUCCCCGAAGCGGCGGCGGGCAGAGGACAAGGACGAAGGCAUUGGGUCACCAGACAUCUGGGAGGACGAGAAGGCCGACGACCUGCGCCGGGAAAUGAUUGAGCUCCGGCAGCAACUGGACAAGGAGCGCUCGGUCCGGAUGAUGCUGGAGGAGCAGGUACGGUCUUUGGAGGCCCACUUGUACCCGGAGAAGCUGAAGGUGAUUGCCCAACAAGUGCAGCUCCAGCAGCAGGAACAGCUCCUGCCUGCUCAUGGCCCCCCAGCGCCCACCCAGCACCCAACGGUGAUUGUGCCUGCACCGCCUCCGCCUUCGCACCAUGUCACCGUGGUAACCAUGGGGCCCUCCUCAGUGAUCAACACUAUUUCAACAUCCAGGCAGAACCUGGACACAAUCGUUCAGGCAAUCCAGCACAUCGAGGGGACUCAGGAAAAACAGCUGCUGGAGGAGGAAGAGCAGCGCCGGGGCGCAGUCAUUGUGACCCCUGCCCGGGCCAGCCUGGACCCCGCGAACUUGGACACGGCCUCUGACCUGGAGGCAGAGGACGACGAUUCCAUGGAACACAGCAAGGCCGGGGUGCCCUGACCUCUGCCUGGCAGCGGGAGGGCGAGCAGGGUGGGGGCCAGGGGACUUCAGGAAAUGUGCUGAAAUUUUUACAAAAUACCGCAACUUUGGGUCUAUUUUGUGACCUUCCAAUACUGUAAGUGAGAGCAUUAGGACGGGGAUGAGCUGGACAUUGGGCUCUCCAGUUUGAAGCAGCUGGGGGAGUCAGCAAGCUGCGAGCGGCCAGGCUCUUCCAGGACACGGCUGGGCAGUCGGCGCCUCCCGGCUCAAAGGAUGGAUUUUCUCUGGCGCCUCCGGCCGUGUGAGGAGUCCCUGGGGGCCUUGCUCCUCUUCGGCCUUGCUCCUGGCCCUAGGAGGGACGAAGGGACCCCCGAGGCCUUCUCAAAGCUCCAGGGAGAAGGCUGGUGGAGGUAGGCCUUGGGGUUGCCUCUGCCUCCCUGGUCCUCCUCGCACACCUCUUGGUGCAGGGAGAGCCCUGAGGCCCCUCCGUUCUCGGGGGCUGGUUCAGAGCCUGGGAAGAGAGCACAGACCCCCCCCCUUCCUCUGGGUGGUUUUGUUCUUGGAAGCACUUAAAUCCGUUCAGUGGGCCGACUGGGUCCACGCAGAAGGAGGGUCCUGCUCCGUGGCAGUUGCUGUCGUUGCAUUCUGUGCCUCCCCGUCUCCCCCCACCCCCAUUUGGGGAGAGGCCUUGGCCAGGGCUUUUUCGUACUGGUUGCUUUUGGUAGGUUCCCCCCCCCCACAACUGUUCCUUUGUUCUUUCAUAUUUUUAUAUGGUUUUUUUUUUUUGUUCUUUUUUUUUACAAGUUUUGGGUCUUUGUGUUCAUUGAGAUGCUAUUAUAUUUUGUUAAGAAAGUGGAAAAAUGAGGCUUGUGCCUUUGUAAAGAAACAAAAUAAAGUUUGUACUUUGUUUUUU